UAAUCUUAAUAUUUCAUCUAGACUAGCAACCUCUUUCGCCUCUUUUCAAAAAUCUACAUAUAUGGAUAUUAACAUUAUACCUAUACAAAUUAAACACCUUAAAGAAAUUAUUCCUCAAUCAUUAAUUACAAAAACAACUAUUGUUUCUCUAUUACUAUUUCCUUUAAACUAUUCUACAACUUAG